AUGGUUCCCUCAGACUCAAAUACCCGCUGCGUCGUCGCCAGAGAAUCAUUCGUGCUUUCCGCAUCCGCGACCAGUACAUCGCCGCCUUAUUACCUUCGCCAACAAGUCUACUCAAAUCGUCAUUCUUGCCUAGCGCAUUUGCGACUACCUCACUGACUUCUUACCUUCGCCGAUCAGCCCUUCAAAAUCGGCACGAUGAGGGCCUCCAUCAAGUUUCUAAUCGUCGCGAUUCUGGCCGUCCUCCUCGUCUCUGCUGCCCUUCCGAGUAUGGCUGGUUGUUCAGGAAAGCUGAAGGCUCGGAAGGUAGUGGCGACCGACACAUGCGCGGGCCUAAUCUUGAAGUCAUACAAGAAGCAGGCUCAGCUGUUCGAGAAAUACAACCGGUACAAGUGCGUUGAGCCCCUGAAAGUCGGCUCCACUCUCUGUACCCCAUAAAAUAGCUGACUAAAAUAGUUACUAGGGGUUGAAUAACUGCCUUCGCAGCUGAUCCCCCAAAUAAAGCUGGCCCUGUUUGUCUACUCUAGAUUGAGUUGCUUCCUGUGUUUCUUACUAGCCCUGAAUGUUUACUUAAGGGCACGGA